GUCGGCGCUAUUCUUCUCACAAGCUUUAACAUAGCCUCAACGUAGCUUCAAUUAAAGUACAACAGCUUCUAUUUCAUUUCUAUUGAGUUAAUUGGUUUUAUACCGAAGUAAACUUAAUUGAAUAAGGCCUUUUGUUACUGCUGACAGUUAUGUUGCCUCCGACCGUAAUUAGGACUUGUCCUUCGGCAGACAACGAUUUUCAGCCCUUGAGUGAAUACCAAGCUCAAACUCCGGACACGUUCUUCGAUGGAAAGCCUGUUCUAUACUAUCACGAUGAGAAUGUCAAGGCUUGGGUAUCUGCAGAGCAAUAUGAACGCCUAUACUUCUUCACCAAAGCUUCAGGAGAUGGAAGCGCAUCUUUAAAUCCCACACCACCAGAAUGCUACGCCUUAGAAAAUAACUGGGGAAAGCAUCUGCAUGAAGAAAAAGUUGAAGUAUUCGUAGCCUCAAGCAAGUUCAUUCUCUUCUCCCACAGCAGUGGGACUGGUAUUGAAAUUCCCUACCCAGCUAUCACACUCCAUGCUCUCAAGAAUUUCCGCCACGUAGAAAAACCUGACGAGGCUGCAUCGAAGUUUAUCGGAGUUUACAUGCAGCUCGAAUUCUCGGGUUCAGGCGAAGAUGACGACGAGGGCUUCGACCCGAUUGAACUCACACUCAUUCCAUACAAAGCAUUGCCAAAAGAGCAACCACCUACAGAGGCAGUUACUGUCGAUCCCUUGAAUAGCGAGCGAGCUACCGCGCUAUUUAACCAAGUAUCGGCAUGCUCAAAUUUGCAUCCUGAUCCUCAUGAAGAGGGCGAAGAAGAGGACGAGGAUGAUGAUUUCGAUCGCAUUGUCUUUGAAGGGAAUUCCGAAAGCGAAGCUGUUGAGGGAUUGCCCGGUGUUUUUAGAGGGGACCUUAAUGGCGGUCUCCCACCUCCGAUGCCCGGGAGCUCUGGUUGGAUUACUGCUGAAAAUGUCAACCAAUAUUUUGACGAAGAUGGAAAUUGGAUCGGAGGAGAGGACGGCGUGAGUGGUGAGCUCGGAGAUGGCGCGGGCCGUGUCCGAGGUCGGGACGAAGUGGAGGAAGACGGCGCGAAUGGAGUAGAAAAUGGCGAGGAUACGGAUUCGAAACGCCCACGAACCGAAUAAACGAUUUCUAAAUAGAGCGUCGAGGGCCCAGCGCUACAGACCCAUGGUUUUCGCAGGUCUCUUCAUUUGAGAUGCGAGUCUGCCUCAUAAUCAAUCAAGGAUAUGAAUAAAAAAUUCAAUGUGUUGCUAAAUUUAUGAGAUUCAAUGAGGAUUCGCUAGAUCCGUAGCUAAUAUUCUACGGGCCGCGCCGUCCCG